GUGGUCCCUGAGACAGCCUCUCUUCCCUCUGUCUCCCAAGGCCUUUCCCGCAUACCCUUACGUUCUCCAACGGCCCUGUGUCCCCUCCUCUGACCUCAUGGGGUCCCCUUCCGCUGUUCUUUCCCCUGAGUCCCGAUUUCUCCCUCCUUCCAGACAAACCGAUGCAGCUGAACCAGUCGCUCUUCAUGUUGGGCGGGCGCAGCGGCUACGUCCUGCAGCCGGACAUGAUGCGGGACGACCUCUUCGACCCUUUCGACAAGGGCAGCCUGAAGCACGUGGAGCCCAUCACUGUCCAGUUGCAGAUCUUAGGGGCCCGGCACUUGCCCAAAAAUGGCCGCAGCAUUGUUUGCCCGUUCGUGGAGGUGGAGGUGUGCGGCUCGGAGUUCGACAACAGCAAAAACAAGACAGAUGUCGUAGCCGACAACGGCCUCAACCCCCUCUGGCUACACAAGCAGUUUAUCUUCGACAUCAACAACCCCCAGUUCGCCUUUCUCCGCUUGGUGGUUUAUGAGGAAGACAUGUUCAGCGACCCCAACUUCUUGGCCCAGGCCACCUUCCCUGUCAAAAGCCUCAAAACAGGUACCUGGCUCAGCCCCUCCCAUUCCCCCAUCCCAGCCCUCGCGAAAUUUGCAUGCUUCCCCCACCCCCCCA